CGUCCCCGGCGUUUAAUUCGAGGCGAGUGCAGCGAUCGAUCGAUGGGACUGGGAGGCGAACGUCACAUCGGCGAUCGGAUUAUCGACUGACCGAACUCCCGGUGUCUUGUACUCUUGUUCCUCGUGCCCCCUCUCGCCUUCCCCCUUGUCUCCUGCGAAACCGAGCGUCAAGCGCGUUCAGACGGGGGAUUCUAUCGGCUUUGGACCGAUGGGGAAGGAGCGCUUCGUCUUCGUCCUGCUCGUCUUCUCGUGCUCUUCUUGCUCCAGAUUCGCGGAUGCCUACGACCCCAUGGAUCCGAACGGGGACAUCACGAUCAACUGGGACUUCCAGAGCCUCGACGUCAAGGUCGCCAACACGUACACGGUCAUGGUGAGCAUCCAAAACCACCAGCUGUACCGGCACAUCGAGCGCCCGGGGUGGCGGCUGAGCUGGAGCUGGGCCGGCGAGGAGGUGAUCUGGGACGCGAGGGGCGCGGAGGCGACGGAGCAGGGCGACUGCUCCCGCGUCGGCGGCGGGAGCCGCCCGCACUGCUGCCAGAAGCGGCCCGUCAUGGCGGACCUGCCGCCCGGCACGCCGUUCAACCAGCAGGUCGCCAACUGCUGCCGCGACGGCGUGCUCUCGUCCCUCACCCAGAACAACCUCACGUCCGCCGCCGCGUUCCAAAUGGUCGUCGGCCAGUACGCCGCCGCCCGGGACGGCGGCGGCAAGGAGCCCGAGAUGCCGUGGAGCUUCGACAUCGGCGUGCCGGGGUACUCGUGCAGCAACGCCACCAAGGUGCCCCCGACCAGGACCAAGGUCGACACGAACCGCCACGUCCAAGUGCUCCUGACGUGGCGGGUGACCUGCUCGUACUCGCAGUACCGGGAGGCGGGGGCGCCGUCGUGCUGCGUCUCCCUGUCAACGUUCUACAGCAGCGGCAUCGUGCCGUGCCCGCGCUGCAGCUGCGCCUGCCAAGGCUCCCCGGCAUCGCCGCAGUGCGUCAGCGGCGGUGAGCCGGCGCCGGCGGCGGGUGGCGGCGAGCCGGCCGCGCCGCUCGUCCGGUGCUCCGAGCACAUGUGCCCGAUCCGGGUGCACUGGCACGUGAAGGUGAACUACCGGAGGUACUGGCGGGUGAAGGUGACGGUGAGCAACUACAACCUGGUGAGGAACUACAGCGACUGGAACCUGGUGCUGCAGCACCCCAACCUGCGCAGCCUGACGCAGCUCUUCAGCUUCAACUACAAGCCCCUCGUCGAGUACGGCACCAUCAACGACACGGGGAUGUUCUGGGGGAUACGGUCGUACAACGAGAUGCUGCUGCAGGACGGGAACGUGCAGACGGAGAUGAUACUGGAGAAGAGCGAGGGCGAGUUCACCUUCUCGGGGGGCUGGGCGUUCCCGAGGAGGGUCUACUUCGACGGCCACGAGUGCGUCAUGCCGCCGGCGGACCAGUACCCCGCGCUGCCCAACGGAGCGCCGGCGACGCGGCGGCGGUCGCUGGCCGCCGCCGCUUGCAUGGUGCUGCCGUCUUUCAUAGCUCUGGUGUAGAAUUAUUUUUUCCACCGUGUAUCAGGGAGGACAUGCCCACCACCUCUUCACCGGGACAAAAAAGGUCACGAGAGAGGAGCGAUUAGGAAGCGAAAGGUGCCACUAGGAAGCGAAAUGUAGAAGUACCAGUGUCAUUCACUCUGUUCGGCAGCUCCAGCAGCCUCCAGCCUAACAGUAUUUUUCUCUCACACCACUCCAGCCACCAGCCUGACAACAAUAUUUUUCUCUCACACCACUCCAGCCACCAGCUCCAGCUCCAGCCCAGCGAACAGAGUCAUUAGCUGUAGUGCAACUAGCAUGAUUGGGAGUUGGGGUUUGGGAAAAUUUGACCAUGACGAUGGUUGACGAACAUACGAAGUCAGAGGGCGUGAUUGGUCCACUUCCAAAAUAUUAUCAUGCUAAAAUGUAGGUAAAUCCAUAAAUUUUGCUACUCGUUUGGUUGACAUUCUAAAUUUACAAGAACUUUGUUAAAAAAAAUAUUAGCAUGCCUAUGUUUGGCAUGCCGAUGUUUUGGUAUACAAGCAGGCUCGGAAUGCCAAAAGGCCGAGUGUGUUUUUUACCGUCA